ACUUCCCAGCACCCGCUCCCCGAUUCCCGGAGAGUGUUGCCUAGUGCGCACGCGCAAGCGAGCUGGGUUGUUGUAAACGACGCUGGGAAGUGUAGUUCUUGCAGCCCUAUCCUUCCCUGGAAGUCUCUCAGUCCGCGCUUUCUCCAAUACUACUAGACCCAGAAUCCCUUGCGUCCUUAGCUAUUGGAAGCCCUAGUUGAAGCGGGUGGCGGCGGAGCGAACUCCCCCCCAAAAUCCAAAACAAGGAAAUGGUGCCCAGUGCGGCGUCCCCGUGUCUCUGCGUCUGAGGCUUGUACGGCCGCUGUUACAGCCGCCGCUUCGCGCUCUCUACCUCCCCCACUCCAUCCUUCAGUCUCCCGUUCCAUGGGUGAGAGACAUGGACUACGAGUUCAAAUCCAAGCUGGCGGCCGAGCGCGAACGGGUGGAGGAUCUGUUCGAGUACGAGGGCUGCAAAGUCGGGAGAGGCACCUACGGGCACGUCUACAAAGCGCGGCGCAAGGACGGGAAAGAUGAAAAGGAAUAUGCACUGAAGCAGAUUGAAGGAACAGGGAUAUCCAUGUCAGCAUGUAGAGAGAUAGCACUUUUGCGAGAACUGAAGCACCCUAAUGUGAUUGCAUUACAGAAAGUGUUCCUUUCUCAUAGUGACCGAAAGGUGUGGCUGCUGUUUGAUUAUGCUGAACAUGAUUUGUGGCAUAUUAUCAAGUUCCACCGUGCCUCAAAAGCAAACAAAAAACCCAUGCAGUUGCCAAGAUCUAUGGUCAAAUCACUACUUUAUCAGAUUCUUGAUGGAAUCCAUUAUCUCCACGCAAACUGGGUGCUUCACAGAGACCUAAAACCAGCAAAUAUUCUGGUAAUGGGGGAAGGUCCUGAAAGAGGAAGAGUCAAAAUAGCUGAUAUGGGCUUUGCACGGUUAUUCAAUUCUCCUUUGAAGCCACUGGCAGAUCUGGAUCCAGUUGUGGUGACUUUUUGGUACAGAGCCCCAGAACUGUUACUUGGUGCAAGGCACUACACAAAGGCCAUUGACAUUUGGGCUAUUGGCUGCAUAUUUGCCGAGCUAUUGACUUCAGAACCUAUUUUUCACUGUCGUCAGGAAGAUAUCAAAACAAGCAAUCCUUUUCACCAUGAUCAACUUGAUCGCAUAUUCAGUGUAAUGGGAUUUCCUGCAGAUAAAGACUGGGAAGAUAUUAGGAAGAUGCCAGAAUAUCCUACACUUCAAAAAGACUUUAGGAGAACAACGUAUGCCAAUAGUAGCCUCAUCAAAUAUAUGGAAAAACACAAAGUCAAGCCUGACAGCAAAGUGUUUCUUUUGCUUCAAAAACUUCUCACUAUGGAUCCUACAAAACGAAUUACCUCAGAGCAAGCUUUGCAGGAUCCCUACUUCCAGGAGGACCCACUGCCUACAUCAGAUGUUUUUGCUGGCUGCCAGAUUCCUUACCCCAAACGAGAAUUUCUCAAUGAGGAUGAACCAGAGGAAAAAGGGGAUAAGAAUCAACAGCAGCAGAACCAACAUCAGCAACAAGCAGCACCUCAGCAGCAACAGCAAGCAGCACCUCAGCAGCAACAGAACAGUACCCAGACAAAUGGAACUACAGGGGGUGGUGGAGCAGGAGGCGGCGGCACUGGGGCGGGUCUCCAGCAUAGCCAGGACUCCAGCCUCAACCAGGUGCCUCCAAAUAAGAAACCACGCAUAGGGCCUUCAGGCACUAAUUCAGGCGGGCCUGUCAUGCCUUCGGAUUAUCAGCACUCCAGUUCACGUCUGAGUUACCAAAGCAACAUUCAGGGAUCUUCUCAGUCCCAGACUACGAUGGGCUAUUCUACAUCAUCUCAGCAGAGUUCUCAGUACCACCAGUCCCAUCGGUAUUGAAGAGGCCUCAUGGACGAUGUUAGACAAGAAUGGACUAACAGUCAAAGGACUCCAGCAAUAUGAAGUUCAUAACAGUGAGAAGAACCAAAAAUGCAAACUGUGAUGCAGAUUUUAAACUUGCAAUUAUAAAAGGAAAACUUUAUUUACUAAUUGUUUUCAGACAAGAGAUAUUUCUUAUCCCUUUUUGCCAUAAAGGAGAUUCUUGUGAAGUUUCCCCUUAGCUUGCUCUCGCAUGCGUUCCAUUGUGGUUACUCGAAUGAAACCGUCUGAUCUGAACCCAGCACUUAAACUUCUUUAACUGAUGGAAUUUUUGAAGGAUUCCUGGUGCACCUUUCUUGUAUUUGUAGUAAUUGCUAUGAAUCUGUCUUUCUUUUUCAUAUCCCUAUUACCAGGAUUUUAAAGUUUUGGAAUCUUGAUCUCCCAGGCUUUUCAAGCUUGUAUAUAGUUAGUUUUUUACUAGGCAAAUCCAUUUAGCUAUACAGGUAUAAUGCACCUUUUAAAAGCACUAUGUUAUUUUCACAGGAAAUUACUGUUUUGCUCAUGGAUGUCAAGAACAGCAGAUUUUACUGUUCCAGAGUAUUUUAUUAUUCUCUUUUUUUAUUAGUCUAGUUUUCCGAUGAGCUGUUUAAAAAAAAAAAAAGAUGAAGAAAAGAAAAAUAUACACCCCAAGUCUCUGCAGCCGCUAUUACAUGUUAUGUGUUUGGACUGAAAACCAAACAGAAGAUUAUGAAUGUUUUUUUAAUCAUUCUGAUGAGGUCCCAUAGAUAAUUGGUCAUUAUCUUCCAAGUGUGUUGACUUAGGUUUGCUUUAAAUUAAGGCACGGCAGCAACAUGGAAGGCAAAUACUUCUGUGGCUUCAGUAGGACAAGAUGUCUUCUCUGUUGGUUAUCCAUAUUUUGGCACUCUGUCCUAAGAGCAUCUGUGGGAGAAAGGGCAAACAAUGAGACUGUGCUCUAAUGUUUGGGCAGAGUAGGAAGGGACAGGACAUGCUUGUUAAUACGUAGUACACUCUUUAUGUUUGUUUUAUUUUGUUCAGAUGCAGCCUUCAUUUAUUAAAUUUUAAUCAUACUGAAAUUUGCAGCAAAAAAGUGCUUGGCACCUUAACACAGUUUAUUGUGGCAUGAUGAGCUUUGUAGGCAGCAGUCUACUUACAGGACAUUUGCAAUUCUUAACCUUGACUAGCUUUUAAUUUUCUUUAAAUUCUUCAUUAAUCAUAUAUUUGAACCAGAUCAAAUAUUGGAAGAGAAGCUAUUGAACAACAUCUUGAAGAUGAUUAGCCUUCUCAUGUCUUCAGUGCAUAUAUGUUACCUUGCCACUGCCGUGAUUAACCCAGAUUUGAGUACACCAGAUAAGCUUGGCUGCAUUAAAUGUUUCUUUUUUAUAAGGUCACAUCAAUUGCAAUGGUCAUGCUGAAGGAAUGUUGGUGUACUGGACAGCCACUUUAUAGAGGAACUAUCAGAGCUCAGGAGCGUAUGUACUGGAGAAUUGCAGUCUAUUAUCUGUGAUAAGCAGUUUCAUAUACUUUGAGGCAACUCUCUUUUUGUUAAGAAGUUCAUAAAUAGAGUUGGCACGUUUUACUCAGGGCUGUAUGUAUUUUGCAGUUCAACACAAAAUUCAGCAUCGUGUAUCUGAGCUUUCUUUUUUUGAAAAAGAAAAGCGUUUUUUCAGCUAUGAAAAUAGCCUUAAGAAUGUUUCAGCAAUGUCUGGUGUAAUGUCAUAAGAACAUAACAUAGAACAUAAGAACAGCCCUACUUUGGAUCAGGCCCAAGGCCUAUCUAGUCCAGCAUCCUGUUUCACACAGUGACCCACCAGAUGCCUCUGGGGAGCCCACAGGCAGUGGGUAAGGGCUUGCUCUCUCUCUUGCUGCUGUUCCCCUGCAGCUGGUAUUUAGCAGCAUCGUGCCUCUGAGACUGGAGGUAGCCUAUAGCCACCAGACUAGUUGCCAUUGAUAGACCUGCUCUCCAUGACUUUGUAUAAGCCCCUUUUAAAGCCAUUCAAGCUAGUGGCCAGAAUGUGGGGAAGUGGAACUGAACAAGAUUUCCAGGUGGGUAGGGAAUUGUUGCCCUGCAGUUGCUUCUCUUCCCUAGAACUGUCAAAGAAAGAAUAAAUUAUACAACAUAUACUGUAUGUAUCAUUUAUACAGAAUGCAGAAUUCAGCUUUUUUUAAUGUAGACUUAUUUUUGCAGUGCAGAGUACAAGCAGCCUGGACUUUAUUGCACUAAAACUGAAAAGGCAUGUACUCUAGAAUAUGUAAGCAGCACCCAGUAUUUUUAGUAGUAGUACAGGAAGGAGACAGUUAUUUAUUAUGUACAUGUAUGGGCAUUUACACUGUAUAGCCUGAGCUCAUGCCCCCACUUUGUGUUCUUUUGAUUUUCUGAAUCAAUAUUUAGGCCCACAGACAAAAAUCACCAAAUACUUUGCACUAAGACUGCAAGAGAAACUAACAAGGUGGUAGGGUCAGUUUGACUGGAAGACAAACUUGCUUUAAUCUCAAGUCUAAUAAAAGUGUCCUAUGUAGGUUCGUGUGUGUGUGUGCACGUGCACAUGCGUCCAGUUAACUCUAAAGAGCAACUAGAGAGUAAGCUUGGCCAUUCCACUAAUCACAGGCCUUGUUCUAUUUGCUGUUUGCUGUUGGCACCAGGUGGCUCUCCACAGGGAGCCAAAGGGUAAUUCAUGAUGGAAUGGACAGAGCAGGUAGAGACAGCAAGAAAUUCCAUUUGAGACAAAAAAUACUUUAUUUUUUCCAGCGUUAUUCCAUGUGACACUGUGUGCAAUGUGUUUAUGAGCUAGUUUAGCUAGAUAGAACUGAAAUUUCUUUUCUAUUAAUGUUCAGUCAAAAUAUCUCCUAGCUCCAUGUCCCCAGUUCAUCAAUUGUGAUCUUUCUGCACCUGAGGCCAGCAGCUUAAAACAUGGUUGAACUUUAAUUUGACUGGCUUCUGAACUGCUCGUUGUGGUCUUCUUCCUCAGUUGCUCAGUUCCUCGAUCCACUGUUGGUUGCAAUCUAGCACCUGUGGCAACUUCUGUCCAAGUGUAGGGUCCUCGCUGUGCAUGCAGUGCGACAACCUGUGUUGAAUGCGCUUUAUCUCCAUGAGCUUCCAAUCUCCUAGAAUGAUGGCCAUGAUUGUUGUCUAUACCGACAAGUCAAUAUUUGCAUUUUUGCUGAAAAUGAAUUGCUUGCUAUGCCCCAUUUCUCUGUGGUGUCUGUGCACGCAAAUGUAGCUGUGCUUCUUGGCCUUCCAAAUAAGCUUUGACAGGGGAAUAGAUGAAAGUAUAGUUUACACUUUUGAAAUGUUUACUGCACUCGAUCUCUAUUUGUAUCUUGGCUUUUGGGCAUACUUGGCCUGUUAGGGUGAACUGUAUGUGUAUAAAAAGAUGAGUGUCUCAUGUAUUGCAGGGCUAAGGUGAGCCAAGCAGAGGUAGCUUUGUUUCAGGGGAAAUGUCAUGGGUCAAAAUUGUUUAAUGUAGGGUUAAUCAUCUAUUGUAUGUUAUGGAAACAUAGGACAUAUACAAUAUCAUAACUGUGCAGCUCUGCUAUUUAAUUCCUACUAGUUCAGGCAGCAAUGAUGUCAUCUGUCAUUUCUCUUAUCUAUUAUAUUGGCUCCUAGAAGUGGACAUUGAGUCAUCAGCCACAGCUGAUAUCAGUCUUGCUACAUUGGGAAAUAGUAGCUGUUCAACCCACAUCCUACAAUGUUUCUCUUCAGGCUUUCAAAGAAAAGGAGCCCUGGGGAAGUAGGAUUAGCAAAGCCGUGAUGAACUAUAUUGUAGCACAGACUACAGAAUGAAGGAAGAAUCUUGUGAAAGCUGCAAGUUCUGCACUGUAUCUGUGACACUGUAUCUUUUGGGGUGGGGGGGAAGGGGAGGAGGGGAGGGCAUCCUGAGGUUGGGGAGGUGGAAGCUGGAAGUAUUUGAUUAUGUAUAAUAUUUUAUAUAAACAUAAUAAGCUUAGUUCCCCUUCAUAAUCUUCAGUGAUGGUACUAAAGCAUCAUUAAGCAAAGAUAACUGUUUUAGAAUUUAAAAAACAUAUUGUACAUGUGUAAUCUAAAUGUUUUGCCACACCGGAACGAUGUGUAUUGCUUUAUGGGGGGAAAGUCCUUAAUGCACUGUUAUCUCCUAAAUAUUUAGUAGUAAAUUAAUACUAUUUAAUUUUUUAAAGAUCUGUCUUGUGCAGACACUAAAAAGUAUUACACAAUGUGGACUGAAGAUGUCCCUUUUUAACAGCAGUUUAAAUAAUGUUUUUUUAUCUGUAAUGUAGUAUACUUUUUUAAUUGUUUUAGUUUGUAUUUUCUCAUGUUAACUAUUUGUAGAAGUGUGCCUGCCUUCAGUUUUAUAUAUAAUUUUACACAUUCACCUUCCAUUCUUGUAGUCUUUUUAUUAUAUAGUUCUGUGUCUUCUCUUAUGCUGCUUCAGCUCAUAAAUGGAUUUGGUCUCUGUGUAACAAUGUACUCUAUGGAGGCUGAUGAGAUUUGCAAAACAACCACCUCCAAAUCCAGAUGUAUGUUCUCACUUGUUGCAGGAAUGGUGUCAGGGGUCAGUCAGGUCAGGCAUUGGCCCACAGGCCCACAUCCAUCACAGAGUCCACCCAGCUGACUCCUUAAAAACCCAUAAAGACCCAGUCCUUAGAAGGAACAUCCACUAAUGCCCACCACUGCCAAGGAAGUCUCCCCCUUGGGCUCUGGUAAGCCUUCUGGGCGAUGGUGCACUGGUUCUCUCAUCUGCUGCCAACCAUCAGGGAGUCCAGCACAGAGCUUUACUCCGGAACCUCCCACAACUUGGCAGUGACCCUAAUGGGUUGGCAUUUCAUGGGGUACUUAAGCUAGGAUAAUUGUAUUUAAGUCAGCUGUAUGUGUGGGUCUACAACUCACCUUUUAAAGUGUAAUCCCCACUUCAUUGAAGUCAACACAGGCACUCCUGUCCCUAGCCUUUAUCUUUGGACAGCAAAGAUAUUUCUGCUGUCUCCAAGGGUUGUUCUCAAUAGGUUGUCUUGUUGAAGUGAGUGGAGAAGAAUCUGAGAGUCAUCUAGCUACUGCUCAGCAUGCUCCCCAGCUCUGAACCAGCAUAGGCAGUGCAAAUAUGGGAUGCGGGGAGAUGCUGACAUUGCCGGCAGUUUGCUUCCCAGCUUUGCUCUCCUCCUGACCUGUAGGAGAGAGGCAGCUGUGCUCAGGCUGGCUACAAAUUUCCACCUACUAUUCUAGGCUAUUUCAAGAAGCAGCUGAACGGUCAGGCUUUGCUCUCGUUAAGCGUUUAUUGUUCUUAAGAGGUCCUCCUAUUACUCUUGAAAGACUGUCAAAAACUACGCUUUUGUUCAUUGCAUCUCUUUUUUAUUCUUGGUUGUAAUUAAAUUGAAUUGCUUCAGUGUGGAUUUUUUUAAUAAAAAUAAUAUACGUUUGUAAUAAUAAUAAAAAGUUGAAGUCAAA